AUGGGUGGAACUUCCCUCCAAUUUCUCCUCACUUUAGUUCUCCUUUUUUUGUGCAUGAAACCAACUACUGCAAAUUAUUUGGGGUUAGCAGAUACUCACCUUGGCUGCAAAGAGCAUGAGAGACAAGCUCUUCUCAAGAUUAAACAAGACCUUAUUGAUGACGAUCGCCAUCUUUCUUCUUGGAGCUCUGAUCAAGAUUGUUGCACAUGGAGUAGGGUCACUUGUAGCAACCAAACAGGCCACGUCAUCAUGCUCAAUCUUCAAGGAGUGGGGUCAGGUAAACUUAAUCCUUCCUUGAUUGAGUUGAAAUAUUUGACUGAUUUGGAUGUGAGCUACAAUGAUUUUCAUCAGAGCCAAAUUCCAGAAUUCAUUGCAUCUUUCUCCAACGUAACAUCCCUUGACCUUAGUGGUGCUAAUUUUGGAAGAAAUAUUCCUUUUCAGCUUGGGAAUCUUUCCAACUUGCAGUACCUUAAUCUUGGAGGGAAUAAUUUUAAUAAACCUGAAAACAUAGAGUGGCUUUCUCUACUUUCUUCUUUAGAAAUCCUUUACAUGGAUGACAUUAACCUGAGCAAAGUCAAUAAUUGGCUCCAUGUUGUGAAUAAACUGCCGUACUUGACAUACGUGCACUUGGACUCUUGUAAUCUUCCGAAUAUUUUCUCUGUUCCUCUUGUCAAUUCUUCUACUUCUCUGGAUGUCCUCGAUCUCUCUUCUAAUAAUCUCACUUCUUCUUCUUCAGUACUAGAAUGGUUGUUCAACUCCAACACUAGUGUUGUUGAACUUUAUCUCUUUGAAAAUCAAUUUCAAGGUUUAAUUCCGAUUGCUUUUAGCAAAAUAAACACUCUUGCAGAGCUUGGUCUUGAUUCUAAUGAGUUUGAAGGCGAGAUACCAAAAGCCUUUGGUGGUAUGUGUAAUUUGAAAACGUUGUCUCUACCAUUGAACCAUCUUAGCGGACAACUUGGUUUUAUUCAUAACUCGACACACUGUGCAAACCACUCAUUAGAGUUUUUGGAUUUAGGUCAGAAUCAAAUCAUGGGAUCAUUACCUGAUCUCACAACAUUUCCAUCAUUGACAUUUUUAGACCUUAGUCAAAAUCGUUUGAAUGGGACAAUACCUGAAAGUUUGGGAAAACUAUCUAACCUAGAGUCUCUGUAUCUUCAAGGUAAUUCAUUGGAAGGUGUUAUUUCUGAUGCCCACUUCUCAAAACUUACAAAAUUGAAGCAUUUGUACUUGUCUAAUAACUUAUUGAAUUUCAACUUCAGCUCUGAUUGGGUUCCACCUUUCCAAUUAAAUGAGAUAAAUUUACGAUUUUGCCAACUAGGCCCUCGAUUCCCAAAAUGGCUUCAAACUCAAAAAAAUUACUAUUGGCUUGAUAUUUCCAAUUCUGCAAUUUCGGAUAGCCUUUCGAAUUUCAAUUUGGUCUUUCCUCCUCAAUUAGGAUAUAUGAAUUUGUCUUACAACCAAAUUAGUGGCCAAAUUCCCAAUUUGUCGUUGGAGUUUACUUUUCCCCCAAUUGUGGACUUGAGUUCAAAUAAACUUGAAGGCAGAAUACCACAAUUUUUAUUUGAAUCAGGAUAUUUGGAUCUAUCCAAGAAUUUGCUUUCAGGCCCAAUUUCUUCCUUAUGUGAAGUUCAAAAUGGGAAAUUGAACAUUCUAGAUCUCUCCAAUAACCAAUUAUCAAGACCGAUACCAGAUUCAUGUUUGAUGCAUUUUGAAGGAUUAUUAAUUCUUAAUUUGGCAAACAAUCAUUUUCAUGGGAAAAUUCCAAGUUCGGUGGGAUUUCUACAUGAGAUUGUGACAUUGGAUUUAGGUAACAAUAAUUUUAGUGGGAAACUUCCUUCCUCCUUGAAGAAUUGCACAAAGUUGGUAUUCUUUAAUCUCAAACAAAAUGAUCUAUCAGGACAGAUACCAAUGUGGUUGGGGAUUAGUCAUCCAAAUUUAGUUGUACUUAUCCUUCGAUCCAAUCACUUCUAUGGAGCCAUCCCGACACAUAUCUGUCAUCUAGCACAUCUGCAAAUUUUAGACCUUGCUUUAAACCAAAUCUCAGGAAGUAUGCCAAAAUGCCUCAACAAUCUUACUGCUUUAACUCAAAAAGUGAGUCCAAAUGCCACAAUCAGCCAUUCUCAUGAAACACAGGUCAGCGACAAUACCCUGUUUGAUAUGUCGUAUGAUGAUCGUAUGUUUUUUAUGUGGAAAGGAAAAGAGCAUGAGUAUAAAAAUAUUCUUGGACUAUUAAAAAGCAUAGAUCUCUCGAGCAAUAAUUUAACUGGGCGGAUUCCAAGAGAAAUUGUGGAACUUGUUGGAUUGGUUUCCUUAAAUCUCUCAAGAAACCGUUUGACGGGACAAAUCACUUCAGAGAUUGAUAUGUUACAAUCAUUAGAUGCCUUGGAUCUAUCUCAAAACCAGCUUUCUGGUGGAAUUCCUUCAAGCCUUUCUCAUAUUGAUCGUCUUAGUGUCUUGGACUUGUCAAACAACAAUUUUUCCGGAAAAAUUCCGACAAGCCCUCACCUUGAUACCUUUAAAGCAACCUCAUAUGAGGGGAAUCCAAAUCUUUGCGGAGUCCCGCUUCCAAAGAAAUGUUCGGGGGAAGAAAUAGCUCAAAAUCCAGCUAUGAACAGGAGCAGAGAACAUGCUGGCAGGCAAGAUGAGAAAGAAGGAUUAAUAUCCAUAGGAUUUUAUGUUAGUGUGGCCCUUGGAUUUAUCGCAGGUUUCUGGGGAGUUGUUGGCACAUUAGUACUGAAUAUGUCACUGCGAGUCGCAUUUUUCAGGUUCUUGAACAAUUUCAAAGAUAGGCUAUAUGUGGCAAUAUCAGUGAAUUUAGCCAGAGUUCAGAGGCAGCUUCAAAACUAA